CAUGGCGGCCGGAGAGUGAGAGUCGAACAAAUAGACAAACGCGCGAGAAAAAACUGCUCAUCCUCUAUAUAUCAAAAUAUAUGAAGCAUGUGCAAUAUAGGGGUUGAAUGCUAUGGUCUUAUCCAUUCUCUGGAGAUGUUGUAAUUGUUUGAGUGCUUCCCGCUGCAAUAUGUCGAGCCAUUACGUUCAGCUGUGCACCAACCCCCUUAAUUUCGAGGCUGUCAGCAACGAAAACAGCGUUUUCUUCGAUGAAGCAAAUAAGCAGGUUUUUGUCGUCUAUCGUCUGAACUUUAAGACUCAUGUGGUCGUAAAAGGGCCAGAUGCCGCUACUAAAGUGAUGUUUGAUAUACCAGAUACAGGACAUGUUCAUUCCAUCAAGUUUUCAUAUGAUCACAAGAUUCUGGCCAUUCAGAGAUCACCUCGGACAGUGGAUUUUAUUAAUUUUGCUGAUGGGAUUGAUAGCGAGCAAUAUCACCAGACAUGCAAGGGGAAGUCUGCACAUGUGGUUGGUUUCAACUGGACAAACCUAAAUGAGAUUGUGUUCAUCACAAAUCAAGGACUAGAAUUCUUCCAGGUCAUGCCCGAGAAACACAGCCUGAAAAUGAUCAAGAAUUACAAUGUGCAAGUCAACUGGUUUGUCUUUCUGCCAGAAAGCGCAAUGUUAUUACUGUCAUCUUCUGGUUAUGGUAACGUCAUUCAUCCAUAUCACUUUAGGGCUGGUUCAGUUAUGAGACUGCCAAAAUUUGAAGUGGAUCUGUCUGCAGCAUCAAAGGCACAAAAAGUUGGACUUCUGGAAAGAGACGUUACUCUAGCCAACAUCUAUGGUCAGUUGUAUGUUGUGAUCCUUAGGAACCAGUCACGUGGACCAGGGGGACUUCCUGGGGCAGAAAUUGUCCUCUAUCAGUUACAAAGAGAUUCUCCAGCAAAGAAGACCGCUGUGCUCCAGUUGAACAUGAUUGGUCGAUUUGCAGUUAAUGUUGUGGACAAUUUAGUGAUAGUCCAUCACCAGGCCUCAAAGACCUCGAUGUUAUUUGAUAUCAAACUGGGAGGAGAGUUUGAUGGGCAGGUUAUCCAUUACCAGCCAGUGUUAGCACCUCUUCCUAUCGAGCAAGUCUCCCUUGAAGCUGAGGAAAAGGACCAGAUCCUUGGUACAGUGGUAAAGAAAAAUACUGCCUGUGAGAUGUAUUCACAAAACUGGAUUGUCUUCCAGCCAAAUAUAGUUAUAGAUGCGAGACUUGGCUGUCUUUGGGAAGUGAUGCUCAAACUAGAACCGUUGGUCACAAUGAUACAAGAUAAGGGUAUAUUGAUAGACUUCCUGUUACUAAGAAAGGAUAGCAAGAUGGUUAUUUUAGCAGUUUUUAAGCAAGCAUUGAUUCCUGGUCGUCAGGCAAAUCUGACAGUGAUUGCAAAGAUGUUUGAUAAAGUCAACUCGGUGUACCGGGCAGUACUUGAAGCUGAAACAUUAGCAAUACAAGCCACAGAAGUGGGGAGACAGCCACCCCCAAGACCUUCCCCACUUCCAAGCAACCAGACGGUGGUCACCCAGCAUGACAUGUACACACACGUGCUGUCGAUGUUUGUGGAUAACAAGGAUAUCAAGUACAAGUUUAUGGUUGCAGUGCUUAUGGAAUAUAUACGUUCCCUGAAUCAGUACGAAAUUUCACCAGAGCACUAUUUAUACGAGCUGGUCAUUAAUCUUCUUGUCAACAACAAGCGCUUCUACCAGUUUCAUCAGUUUUUGCAGUAUCAUGUGCUGAGCGACUCUAAACAUCUCGCUUGUCUCAUGCUGUCGCUGGAGAAAGCGUUCCCACCCGCCUACCAACUGGCACUGGAUAUGCUUAAGCGGCUCAACACAGCAAAUGAAGAGAUUGUAGAAGUACUUCUGUCAAAACACCAGAUUUUGCCAGCCCUUAGAUACAUCCGGGCUAUUGGAAUCGAGGACUCGGCAUCCGCGAGGAAGUUCCUUGAAGCAGCGGCUGCCACCAAUCAAGCCAUGCUUUAUUAUACUGUCUUUAAGUUCUUCGAACAGAGAAAUAUCCGGCUACGUGGAAGCCCAGACUUUGCACCAGGGGAACACUGUGACAUUUACGUCAAGAAGUUCGAGGAAUAUUUUGGCGCCAAAACAUUGGUCACAUGACAGCUACAAUCAGCCCUGCUUUGUGCAUAAUUAUUCUCUGUAUCUACGAGUAUACCAGUACUAGAAACAGAGUUAGAAUAGCUAGCAGUCUAUAAGAAUGAAUCAGAUAUUUUUGCUUGCUUUUUCUGACGAAGUUCAACAAUCUCACUGGCUUGGAAUGAAGUUAUAAAAGAAACACAUAUAAAAUAUGAAUGAAUCAUAUGAAAUAAUUUAUCAA